AUGAAAUCGCUGGUGGUGUUCUUCGCUCUCGCCUCCGUGGCAUGCGGCUCAAUCAUUCCGUGGGCGCAGCCGGCGCACCACGCGGCGGUCGUCCUGGACCCGCACGGGCGCCCUCUUGACACCCCUGCCGUGGUCAACGCCCGCGCCAUCCACCUGCAAGCCAAGGCCCUGGAAGGCCACGGAGCUCUUGCUGUGGCUCCCGUUGCCGUCGCCCCCGUCGCUGUUGCUCCCUUGGCUCACUCCGUGGUCGCGCCCGCUGUCGUCGCCGCGCCCGCCGCCGUCUCCCACCAGUCUCGUGUGGACGUCCGCACCAGCCCCGCCAUCGUGACCGCCCACGCCGCUCCCGUGCUGGCCGCGCACAGCGCUUACGGCGCACCUCUUUUGGGACACUCCGCUCUCGGGCUCGCCGGCCACGGACACCUGCUGAAGAAGCGCUCCCUGGGCCACCUCUCGUACGCCGCCCCAGUGUACGCCGCCGCCCCCGCCGCCGUGUCGCACCAGUCCCGCGUGGACGUCGUCUCUAGCCCGGCCGUCGUGUCCCACGCCGUCGCGGCUCCUGUGCUUGCGCACGCCGCCGUUGCACCGGUGGUCGCGCACGCCAUCGCCCCCUCUGCCGUGUCUCACCAGUCCCGCGUGGACGUCCGCACCAGCCCCGCCGUGGUGUCGCACGCCUACGCCCCCAUCGCGCAUGGCGUCGUCGCCGCUCCCCUCGCGCACGCCGCCCUGGCUAGCCCCCUUGCGCAUUCCGGACUCCUUCAUGGCGCCCCCUUGGCCCAUGCCUGG